GGGGCGCGCAGGGUGGCUCCGCUCGGCCGCUGCUCCCGGCCGCUCCUCCCGGCCUUCCCGCAGCUUGGCCGUAUGGAGAAGGGCCCGCGGAACGCCAUCGUCUUCAACGCGUCCAAGGGGGAGGCUUUCACUCUCACCGGCAGCUACAAGGCCUGGCGCAAAAGGCUGCGGGGGAACUGGAGGAUCCUGAGCUUAAAAGAUGAGAUCACAUCUGAGAAACUGUUCGGGGUAAAACUGUGGAUAACGGCUGGCCCACGAGAAAAGUUCAGUGCUGCUGAGUUUUUGGUUCUGAAGAAAUUCCUGGAGGAUGGUGGAGCCAUCCUGGUGAUGCUAAGAGAAGGUGGAGAGUCCCGAUCUGGCACAAAUAUUAACUUUUUGUUAGAAGAAUAUGGAAUCAUUUUCAAUAAUGAUGCUGUUGUACGAAAUGUUUAUUACAAGUACCACCACCCAAAAGAAGCACUUAUCUCUGAUGGAGUUUUGAAUAGGGGAAUCAGUGAAGCUGCAAGAAAAACAGCACUUGAGACAACAGAUGAAGAUGGAAGCGGACACGACUUACAAGCUCUCACUUUUGUGUAUCCGUUUGGUGCCACGUUGAAUGUGAUGAAACCAGCGGUGGCUGUUCUGUCAACAGGAUCUGUCUGCUUCCCGCUCAACAGGCCUAUUCUUGCUUUCUAUCAGCAUGAGAGUCAAGGUGGAAAGAUGGCAGCAUUGGGAUCUUGCCACAUGUUCAGUGAUCAGUAUUUAGAUAAAGAAGAAAACGGUAAGAUCAUGGAUGUGCUUUUCCAAUGGCUCACGACAUCAGAUAUCCAUUUAAACCACAUGGAUAUGGAGGACCCUGAGAUUUCAGACUAUACUGUGCUCCCAGAUACAGCUGCAUUGUCUGAACAACUGCGAGUCUGUCUGCAAGAAGGAGAUGAGAACCCAAGAGACUUCACAAAGCUGUUUGAUACAUCCCUUUAUCAGCUGGAUACAACUGCCCUCCCUGCAGUUAUCAAAGCUUAUGAACAGCUGAAUGUGAAGCAUGAACCUCUCCAACUUAUUCAACCUCAAUUUGAGACUCCACUACCUGUCCUCCAGCCAGCUGUUUUUCCACCUGCUUUCAGAGAGUUGCCUCCUCCCCCUCUGGAGCUGUUUGACUUGGAUGAAACCUUUUCAUCUGAGAAAGCUCGUCUUGCAGAGAUUACAAACAAAUGUACUGAUGAUGACCUGGAGUUUUAUAUACGAAAAUGUGGCGAUAUCCUAGGAGUAACAAGUAAACUCCCAAAGGAGAAGCAAGAUGCCAAAAAUAUAUUGGAGCACAUUUUCUUCCAAGUGGUUGAGUUUAAGAAACUGAAUCAGGAACAUGAUACUGACACAAGUGAAGCUGGAUUCCAGAAUGGGAGCUGAGACCUGGCUUUCCUCAGAUUGAGACAGACCUAGUACAAACGUGCUUACCACCUUUCUUCAACCUCUGUGUUCAGUGCAUUGAUUGGACUGUCUUGGUAGUUCGCUGAAUGUUUGGAUCAGUUCUGUGUGGUACUUUGGACAGCUAAUGCCUUUUGAGGAGGUGUUUGUAUUUUACAAUCACUUUCCAAAUAAUUCCUUAUUUUUCUACUUCUUUAUUGAAACUGUAAUUUUGUAGUAUAUGUAUAUAUAAAUCUUGUGCUAAGAACAUA